AUCACUCCACCCCACCCCUAAAUGUCCCUCUCCUUCAACAACUUUGAAAAUCCAUUAGAACAAUUUAAGAGUUGACCAAUUGAUGGGAUUAGAUUAAUCCCAAAAAAGGAGUUAAUUAAUUACAAAUCAAGAACUGAUGCCUAUAUUUUCAAGAAAAUCAAAAACACUAAAUUGUCCUAUAUUUCUACCACCAAACUAUCCUUUGAGUAAUCUUCAAGCUUUCUUUGAAAACCUCUGUUUUCCCCCUUUUUCUCAAUCUCUCUCUUUAUUCUUCUUUUCUCAUUGAAAAAACACAACCCCAUAAAAAGAAAAAAAGAAAAAAAAAAGUAUUAUGGAAAAUCACCAAUUCAUUUACCCAAUUUUCAUCUCCUUUAUUAUCACUUCCCUUGGCCUUUUUUCCAUCUCUCUAUGCAUAGCUGCUGAAUUCAAGAAAGCAAAGAAGGAAGAUCUGAGGUUUGAUGGGAAAUUGUGUUACUUGCCAGGAAGUGUAGCUUUUGAAUUGGGAAUUGGAGCUUUAAUUUGUUUAAUUAUGGCUCAAGUGAUUGGGAACUUGUUGAUAUGUAGAAUUGUCUUCUCAAAGGAACAUCAAAACAAUUCAAAGCCUUACAAGAAGCCUACAAUUAAUAGCCUCAUUUGUGUUAUCUCAUGGAUGAGCUUUGUGAUGGCAAUAAUUUUGAUAGGAACUAGCAUUAGCAUGAGCAAAACCCAACCUCUUGGUGAAGGGUGGCUAGAUGGUGAAUGUUAUAUAGUCAAAGAUGAGGUCUAUAUUAUUUCAGCUAUUUUGGUCUUUAUAACUUUGAGCACAACACUUGGUUCCCUCAUCUUCAAAAUAAAGAAGAAGAACCAAGUACAAACAAGAUGGCAACAUACCUCUACAAGUUGAAUGUAUAGAAAGAUAUAAUUAGAUGAGAAGUGAAAUACAAAAUACAUAUACUUAUUUAGCAACAAUCUUUUUUUAUUCCUUUAUAUAUAUGAUAGAGGUAGAGAAUCAAAUGCUCUCUUAAGAUCCAACUUCCAAAUACAAAUGUCCAACUAUUAGUGUCUCUUUGUUUUCUGGUU